AUGACAAGAACAUAUCUUCAAACAAGUCAAUAUGAACAUUUAUCAAAUAUUCGUCGUUGGCAAAUUCAUGCUGGUUCAAAUCAUUUUUGUUUUAAUGGGCAUUGUAUUACGGGUAGAAAUCUUUCGGGUGCAAUUAUUGUUAUUUGUCUUAUUUCUUUAACAAAUAUAGUUUGGGUAAUUUUUGAAGUACCUAUUCUUAUGAAAGAAUUUAAUAAUACUAGUCUAUUAAUUCUUAUUGUUGGUCUUCUUUUAAUUUUUUAUACAUAUAUUUAUUUUUUUCGUUCGAUGUGUACUGAUCCAGGUAUCAUACAACGUCCAUCAUCUAUAGAACGUUUAAUUUUAAGAAAAAAAUUAAAUUUAAAUCAAAUAUCAUCUGAUUAUUUAAAUAAUUUAACAUAUGAUAUUAAAAUAAAUGGUAUUUUAGUUAAAUGUAAAUAUUGUAUAACAUGUCAAAUGAUUCGACCACCACGUUCAUCACAUUGUGCUAUUUGUUCAAAUUGUAUAUCUAUACUUGAUCAUCAUUGUCCAUUUUUAAGUACAUGUAUUGGAAUGAGAAAUUAUCGAUUUUUUUUCUUAUUUCUUAUUUUUUUAUUACAAACAGAACUUUUUUUAUUUGCAACAAGUUUAAUUAAAAUUUUAAUCUAUAUUAAUGAUGGAAUAUUUUCACAAUCGAUAAUAUCAUCAAUUCCAUCAUAUUUUAUUUUAAUUAUAACUGGUUCUAGUGCACUUUAUACAUGUAAUCUAUUAGGAUAUCAAUGUAUGAUAUCAAGUCGUGGUUUAACAACUCGUGAAGAUGAUAAAGGAAUUUAUAUGAAUGAAAAUCCAUUUAAUACUCAUUCAUGGUUUAUUAAUUUAGCAAGAAAAUUAUGUACAUCAUUACCUCCUAGUGCUUAUGGCGCUCAUCGUCUAGUUAAUCAAACAGAAUAUCGUUUAAUUAAAGAGAAUGUUUAA